AUGCAAGAUUCAUCCGUUAGACAACCUAUUCAAAGUACAAUUUUUGCCGAUGAUGAACGAAAAUAUUUGCAAGCAGGCUGUUUAGAUUAUGGCGAAUUUAAUGCGAAUCAAUCAGAUAAUCAAACUAAUGACGAACCGAUAGGAUCUGCAUUACUUAACGAACCAAUAUUGUUGAGCGAUCUCGAUAAUUCACCACAAUCUCAAUGUGGAAAGAUUGGUUCUAAUGAUCAUAAAUUUCGUAUUGAAAUCAACGAUGAAGAGAUGCAGGAUAAAUUCGAUUUGAAAAUGGUGCUUAAAAUCUCAACAGAAUUUGAAAUUAACAAUAAAUUAUUCAAAAUUGACGUGAAUAACUUAACUUCAGGUCAAAAUCUCGGUGAAGGAAAAUACGGCUUUGUCCAAAAAGUGAACAUUAAACAAAAUGGUGGCAUUGAUAUUGCAGUUAAACGAAUGAAAUUAAGAACAAAACCUGAAUAUGUUUUUGUAUUACGUACAGAAUUGAAAAUGGCGAAAGAAAUAAUGAAUUCAAAUGGUUGUCCAUAUCUUUUAGAUUAUUACGGCUUAAUGAUUGAUAUAAACAAAAGCGAAUUAUGCAUCUGUAUGCAAUUAAUGGAUUCAACAAUGAAAUCAUUUUAUGAAACAAUGCAUUCCUACAAUAAAAUUGUGAUUAAUAAUUUGGACCUUUUUAUUAGCCGUUUAAUUCAUAAUGUUAUCAGUGCACUUGAAUUCUUAGCAAAAUAA